CGCAGUUGGCAUUUAAAAUAAAACAAAAAAUUUGUGGCACAGAAAAGAAGUGCCACAGCUCAAUCGCAAUUUGCAUUGCUCAUCAAUGGAAGUGCUUCUUGGAAGCUCUCCUUCAACUUCACCUUCAUCGUCUCCACUAUUCAUCAUCACUAAAACGCCCAGAAGAAAACCUAUUUCGCCUUCUCAGGUGAUGCUGUGGGAUUCUUUAUAUAAUAGGGGGAUUGAAGCUAGAUUGUGUAGUCCUUUAUCAUGUAAAAGGAGAAGUGAACGGAUUGAAGCUACAAGUUACUAUAAGUUUUAUCCUCUCGGCCUGAAUCAUGGGAGGAGAUUCUUUCUUCGACCAAUCCGGAGACUUAGUAAAAAAAUCAGUUUUGAACAUGAUUUCCUCGUUACGAAAAGUGGUUGCAUUCUUGAGCUGAGGAAAUUUACAAACAAUCUCCGGGAAGCUAUAAAACAUUCAGAAAUAUGUACUACUGUUCCUGAAAUGUUUGCUAGGGUUGCUGUUGGAGUCAUGGCAGUAAUGGCAAUUAGUACUGCUGUUAAUACAACUCCUUCUUUUGCUCUCAGUGAAGAAAAUCAGCUUUUCUUGGAGGCAUGGAGAACAAUUGACCGUGCAUAUAUUGAUAAAACCUUCAAUGGGCAGAGCUGGUUUAGAUACCGGGAAAAUGCUCUUCGCAAUGAACCAAUGAACACUCGAGAAGAGACAUAUGCGGCGAUACGGAAGAUGAUUGCCACUUUGGAUGAUCCUUUCACCCGGUUUCUGGAGCCUGGAAAGUUCAACAGUUUGAGGUCAGGAACUCAAAGUGCACUUACAGGAGUAGGAAUUUCAAUUGGUUAUCCCACAGUAAGGAGUGAAGCAACCACUGGACUAAUGGUUAUCUCAGCAUCUCCUGGAGGUCCUGCAAACAGGGCAGGCAUUUCAUCUGGGGAUGUUAUCCUUGCAAUUGAUGAUACUAGUACAGAAAGAAUGGGCAUAUAUGAUGCAGCAGAACGUUUGCAGGGACCUGAAGGAAGUGGGGUUGAACUAACUGUACAGCAUGGAUCUGAAACAAGACACUUAUCCUUAAUCCGAGAGAAAGUUACACUGAAUCCAGUGAAAUCAAGAGUCUGCAAGGUACCUGGUUCUGGAGAUGAUGCUUCGCUGAUUGGAUAUAUCAAACUAACCACAUUCAACCAAAAUGCCUCAGGUGCUGUACGAGAAGCAAUUGAAACCUUGAGAAAAAACAACGUGAAGGCUUUUGUCCUAGACCUUCGAGAUAAUAGUGGCGGUCUUUUCCCUGAAGGAGUUGAGAUUGCCAAGAUUUGGUUGGACAAGGGUGUAAUAGUGUAUAUUUGUGAUAGCCGUGGUGUUCGAGAUAUAUAUGACACAGAUGGUACGAACGCAGUAGCAGCUUCCGAACCCCUUACUGUGCUGGUGAACAAAGGAACUGCAAGUGCUAGCGAGAUUUUAGCCGGGGCAUUGAAAGAUAAUAAGCGUGCAGUGCUGCUUGGGGAACCAACUUUUGGGAAAGGCAAGAUACAGUCGGUUUUUAAACUAUCUGAUGGCUCUGGCCUGGCUGUCACAGUUGCUCGGUAUGAGACACCUGCCCAUACCGACAUUGACAAGGUUGGCGUGAUCCCGGAUCAUCCUUUACCCGCGUCUUUCCCCAAAGACGACGAGAGCUUAUGUGGCUGCCUCCAGAACCCCGCCUCUGCUUGCCACCUUGGUCGAGCCGAGUUAUUUUCAAGAUGACAAUAAUCUACAAGGGAGGAAAAUGAAAUACAUUUUAUUACAAUUUUUUUCUUCUUAAGAAAUCCAUUAAUUCUUUGAUAGUUGCCAGUUGCCAGUGUGUGUUUGAUAUCUGACCGUGUACAGAGAACUGAGAGAAGUAAUAUGGGAGGUUUCCCUCCAUUAUAGCAUGCUUUAAAUUGAUACUUU